AUGAACGAUCUACAACAAAGACAAACACGAAGGCAGACUGAUGGCCCACGAAGUGCAUACUAUUAUGGACCACCAUCCAAGAAUAGUGCUUUUGGUACACCGCCCGUCGGAGUGAUUGGAAGGGAUAAACCUCGUGAAAUCGUUCGAAUCGAAAGAGAUUAUACUGUUGGAGAAUUGUGUCAAUUUCAUCCGACUUUUCCACUGGAGUUAGAGGGCAGAAUCUCUCCAACGCUUUAUUCGGAAACAAUUAACGAUCUCAACGUCAUCAUCAUCAAAGCGAACGAUCCUUUAUGGGCAUGCAUAGACAAUACGUUGGCUGUACUGACUUUGUACAUUUCACCAUACAUAUUCGGAUCAAAGUAUAAAAGGGAAACAAACAAUCUAAGAAAAAGAAUUAAUGAAGCUAAUCAGAAGAACUUCAAUCCUGUCGGUCUCAAUCUACGAUAUCCUUCCGAUACUGCUUUUUUGUUUUUGGAGCUAGAAUACUACUAG